AUGAUUGAGAAGCAUUGCCUGAUAGUGGCGUUUGUUUGGACGUUGUUUCAAUUGUCCUAUGUGCUGUGCAAUGAAUUAUCUCCGGUACAAAAGAACGAAUUGGACACGCUGAUCAAGCGUUACAGUGAACUCUAUGGCUCUUACAAGUCAGCUGAAUGCGUAGCAUUACUGGCAGUCAGAACACCAGAAAUCGAUUGGAAAGUGGAGGAUUUUAACGAUGUGAUAACCGAUACCAAGUAUCAGACAUUUGCGAAGAAUGUGGUGGAGUAUUUGAACAAACUGAAAGACGACUCUUUCUGGAAGAACGUGAAUGGACUAUCGCAGUUCCGUGAGGAAUUUAAGGAUUACACCAAAGACGUUGAAAAGAACCGCAAUCGUAAUGCUGUAGAAGACAUUGGUUCCGAACUGGGACAUGUAGAAUCGAAAAUUGACCUAACUACAGUCUAUGAUAAUUUGGUGAAAUCUCUUGAAAAUGCAUGCACGGCUAGAAAGGAUCUGUAUGCGACGGCAGCUGUGAACUAUGCAGCUGCGAACAUGCUGAAGAUUCCCGAAGUCAGUGAUGCAAAUGAACUAACUGCCGGAGAAGACUUGGGAAAUCUUAUUGAAAAGGAUUUUAUCCAAUCAAGAGAGAAUGUUGAGGAGAAAUGUUUGCGAAUGUCAGGAAUGCAACUAGAUCAAAAUGCUGUCAAUGAAAUCCUGAUGAAAUCAGAUUCGACAAGUGAACCAGUGUCUGAAUUCAGAGGUGCUAUUGCUCAACUGAUUUCUGAAGUAGAAAAGGUUGAAAAGCUCAGAAUCGACAGGCUUCCCAACCAGACACCCUUGAGUAUUGCGAAUAUAGCUGUCAAUGCAAUGUUUCGAGAGACUUAUCAUAAAUUUGGUCAGAAAGAAAAGUGA